AUGGCUGGCACCGGUAGCUGGGCGUCCCUCGAGGCGCGCUAUGGAAAGCUCUUUCGAACGCUCACCUGGGUGGCCUUUAUCCCCGCCCUGCCCAUGCUCCUCGCCCACGGCUUCAUGUCUAAGAAUGCCGUCCCCGUUGCUGGCCUCGUCCCGCAGUCCCUCUCCACCGUCGCGGGAAUAUGGCUUCUUCGCCGCCAGAGCAGGUCGCGCGCCCUCCAAGACGCCGACGGCGAGCAGAUCGGGGCCGGCGGCAGCGGCGGCAUCAUGGGCUCCGUUGAGGGUGCCGUGGAAGAUGGGAUCCACGAGGUCGAUUCCAUCGGCGAAAAGCUCACCCACCCGUUUCUUGUAUUCGCCUUUGACAUUGCUAUCGCUGCGGGUAUUAUGGUUGUCCUGGUCUAUACAUGGAAGUCAUCGAGCAAAUCGGCUGCGCUUAGCAUGCUCGCCGCUUAUGCCACGAUUCCUCUAAUUCUGAGCUUCAUCUCGCAUGUGGCCCUGGCUGUUGCCGCGCUCUGGGACGGCCUCGCCAUUCACGGCCACAUAAAAUGGGCUGCCGCGCGCGCCAUCGAACUCGACUGUCCCAACUGCAGCCACAGCCUCUGGCCAGAACAGCCAACCGUCCCCUGGUCGCGUUUUUUCAAAAAGAAGAGUACAAACUCCUACGUCCCAGCCUUUACGGAUGGUGCGCGGUCGUAUCACUCGGAAGACGAAGACGACCAUGGAAUUCUCGGCUAUGGUGGCGCGCCCCAGGCUAUCGACAUUCAAUCCAAGAAGAAAAGCAAAGCGCUGGCGCCUGUCGACGAGACCUCGGCCUUGUUGGAGUAA